AUGGGUUCAAGCGCAUCUGAAGAAGAUGAUAACUGUCUCUGCUGCAGAAUCUGUCGAUUCCAGGGAGGCUUGGACCUUCCCACUCCAACUAUCACCGACCUUGAAGACCUGCGCAUUCAGUCACAGACUCUCUCAAUCAGCAUUUUCAGACACUGGGUCUUGCUCAACAAGAUACUAAAGCGUUUCGAGGCUCAGAUCCAGAAGCGAUGGACAAAGCGCAACAACCAUCAGAGACUUGCAGUUCUGCUACAAGCCUGGCCACACAUGGCAGCUACUCAUCGCCCUGAAUUUGCGACUUUGCGUAAGAUCAGUAUGAACAACAACAAGCGUCGCCCCAACCAAGCCAGAGAGAAGGAGACUUAUCUUUGGCCAUUCAUCAACCAGGAGGAUCUGGUUCAGGCUCACAACCUUCUGGUCUUUCUCAACUCUCGCGGACGCCAUCUGCCUGACAAGUUUGCCUUCGGCGAUCAACACCAAGCAAGCAUUGGCAAGCCAUGUGGCACGAGCGAAGUCGAUAAGUACAAGAUGUCGCUUCACGGACAGAAGUCGCCCAAGACUUAUGGUUCGCUCGCCCUUCGUGACACAGGAGACGAAGUUCAGCAACAACUGAGACUGGAGCCUGCUGCCGGUCUUCAGGUCCUUGAGGUUCAAGAACGCAUUCUUGAUUUCCUCGUCAAGUGUUGUCAACUUAUCUUACAUGAUAUGGACCUCACUCGGCUAAACCUUGUUGAGAGCAAGCCUGCUCCGCCCCUGAUCAACCCCGCCUUGCCUGUACACACCAUUACUGCCAUGGCUCAACUUGCACCAUAUCGCCUGCCACAGAAGCUUGAUCUGAACAGACUAAUGGUGCUUGUUGCGGCAAGGCGUGAGGAGGCCGAGGAGCAUGUUUGGGCUUUGCGUGAGGACCCGGGCUAUUUCGCACAGACCAUGAGGGAAUGGUCAGAAAAUUCACCCUUGAGGAUUCCUGACAAGUUCAAGAAAGUUCACAUCAUGGUUGGUGAGCCUGCAUUCUGGGACAAAGUGGCUACCAACAUGAUCUUCCACGCUUACAGCUGCCUGAUCUACUUCGCUACCGUUGAGGACGCUCUGAAUAUGGCUCAAAAACGCCUCGACAGCUGCCGCCACGAACUCGAGAUGUCCACUAGCCUCCCACACGAGGUUGAAAUCUGGUUCCAGAGACUAGAUUGUCUCGUCCAAGUCGUGGCCGAGGAGCCCCUUCGUGACCUGACAUUCGGGUUCCCUGCGUCACCACCUAUGCGUUAUGGUUAUGAACGGGCGGGCUCUGAUUUGAGCCCCACGUUCGACACAUUGAAGAUGAAGAUGGGCAGACUGAGUACAGGAUGGAGGGUUCAGGUGCUUUUCAGAACUUUGCUGAGUCUUGAGCAGCAAAAGAAGCAUGGCUUGAACAACACAGUCGAGGAGAUUCAGAGAAUGUUAGACGAGCACAGCAAGGACAGCGAUCUCAUCACUGGUUGGGUGGCCAGCAGAUUCUCCGAUCUGGCACUCUUGUCAGAAGCCAGACGACAGCUUGGCCUUUUCCAGCCAUGGUGUACUGCUUGGCGAACCAAGUCUUUCAUCGAGGAAGACACUCCCUACUUCUUCAGCAUGGUUGAGACUGUACACGAAUUUACUUCAUGCGCUGUUCUUGAUACAGCUGAUCCUGCAUUGUAUGCAUACCCUUCCGACAAACGCAGAACACGCGAAACUGUCGCACAGAUGCGUCUCGCCGAGAAGCGUUUGGACAAGUUCUGGGCCAUUGUGGACAACCACUGCGAAGUGCACACAUCAUAUUCAACGCCCCAACUCCUCAUGGACUUUUUCAACGAUUGGAACCGAAAGAUCCACAGAACCAAGCGUUGGGUCGAACCGAAGGAGAGUGAUUGCAGUCCCAAUCAACAACCCGAGGAUGAAAAGGAUGAGGAACUUGAGCUGCUAGGAGGCGUCACUCCACUGAAGUCCAAAGCCAAGACUAGACCAGAUGGUCACACACCUUCUCCGAUGCAGGAGACACGCAGAGAUUCGGCAACAAGCACCGACGACAAGAACGAGACCGAGGUGAAAAAGAUCAAGGUUAACAAACGAGCUUUCAAGGUCUUUUCUACUAUGUUCCAUGUACCUUCGGCCACUGAGCAGCAAAACACUGGAGAAGUUGCCUGGACUGAAUUUUUGUACUCGAUGAAGACGAUUGGUUUCUCUGUUGAAAAGCUGUACGGAUCUAGCUGGCAGUUCACACCCGACACGAUUGAUCUACAGAGAAGCAUCCAGUUCCAUGAACCACAUCCUCGCGCCAAGAUGUGGUACUGGCUUUCGAAGUCGUACGGUAGAAGACUGAACAGAGCCUAUGGCUGGACUGGAGGAACGUUCGACUUGGAGUAA